AGUUUAGCUUUACUGUAGGCUUGCACCCAAUUUGCCAUCAUAUCCGCUGCGUCACCCGCGGUUAGGACCGCCUCCCAUCGUCAUAAAGCUUCACAUAUAUGUAGACAGCCGCUAGUUACCCAACAGCGUCGACCGAAACCAAAACGAGAGGAGCGCAAUCGACUAAAGAUUCUUUUUUUUUUUUUAAUCACAGGCACUUAUUUAGUUUCAAACGUGGAUACCAAGAGUCUUAUAUGAGUAACUGCCGCCGUGCGAAAAAGAACAGUUUAUCAGAAGAGAGCGUAACAUCUGGUGUUUGAACUCCGCGCAUACGUAGUUUUAGCACGCUAGCUAGCCAGCUAACUGCGCUAGCUAAAGAAGAAAGGCCGUCGAGUUGACCCAGCGUCAGUUACUCCAACUGAACGAAUCGCCCUGGCAGAUUACAGCUGACAUUCAGUAGCUGGACUGCAAAACCUUCACCCUAAAGACGAGAACAUCGAGAAAGGAUGGCUCUGAAAAGGAUUCACAAGGAACUUAAUGACCUGGCUCGUGACCCUCCAGCACAGUGCUCAGCUGGCCCAGUGGGUGAUGACAUGUUUCACUGGCAGGCCACAAUCAUGGGACCAAGUGACAGUCCAUAUCAGGGAGGAGUUUUCUUCUUGACAAUUCAUUUUCCAACAGACUACCCCUUCAAACCACCCAAGGUUGCAUUCACAACAAGAAUUUACCACCCAAAUAUUAACAGUAACGGCAGUAUCUGUCUGGAUAUUCUCAGAUCACAGUGGUCUCCAGCACUUACUAUUUCUAAAGUUCUUCUCUCCAUUUGCUCACUCCUAUGUGACCCAAACCCCGACGACCCACUAGUGCCAGAGAUUGCACGAAUCUACAAAACAGAUAGUCAGAAAUACAUAAAAAUGGCAAAAGAAUGGACACAGAAGUAUGCAAUGUGAUGACAUCGUUUGAAGAGCAGGUGGAAAUCGUUGCUGGUUCAAACUUAAAAUUUCGGGAUUCAGUUUUUUUUUUUCUUUUUCACUGUAUUUUUGGUUAAUCAAUGCAUUUACCUCCCCUCUGUUUUUUUUUUUUUUUCUCCCCCCCCCCCCACCUGCACGCUCAUAAGAAGAUAGUGUUUUCUCUGUAGGUCACGCCAGUUUCUAUCAAAUUGUGACUCCUUUUUGAGUUGAACAGAAGGAAAAAAAUAAUAAUAAUAAUCAUAGCUCUUAACACCAGCGUGAGAGCGCUCGACACAUUGAAAUCAUUUCCACACUUCAAAACUCGGAUCACAGCUGUUCUGCUGAAACGUGCUGAAAAAUCAAUCCCACGAUGCUCUCUCCAAUUCGUCAUCCGGCUGGAUUUUUGUCUCCGAUCGCUGCAUUUCUCUUGUUUCCAAAAAUCUUUGUUUUUGUUUUUUUGUUUUUUAGCUCGCAGUUUCUUGAAAAUUUCACAUUUCUUCCCCAAUUGGUAUAAUUCUGCAUUUUAUCAGAUAGCAGAAUUUUGAGCGUGAGGAAACUGGUUGCAUCUCGUGAACUGAGGUGACAUCAGUAAGUUUCUCUGAUCAGUAGUGUAGGAAUCUGUUAUCUGAUAAGUGUAUCUUAUUCCACUGUCAAAGUGUGUACAGAGAAGCAGAGCAGCAUAUAUCAAUGUUAAGGAAACAAAUAUAAGAAGUUCAAUGUUGUAUUUUAUGCAUGUUAAUAAAGGUAGGCUAUUAUAUCUGAUGUUUCUGCAAAUUAAGUGAAUUGUAAGGUUGAACAGUUGGGGGCGGGAGGGGAUUGGUUCUUCACAAAUGCUUUCUAUUUCUUUUUUUUCUUUUCUGUUAUUUAGAAGCCAGUAGAUGAGCAUUUUUCUUUUCUUUUCAUCUUUAUGCCCACUCAAACACUGUCUUCUUGUAGCCCUGACAUACUGAUGCAAAGCUCAAGGGUUGAUGAUCAACUCAUAGCUCUGUUUCUUUUUAGUUUUCCCUUCAAUAAAAUUUCUCCAAACUA